UGUGACCACUUCGCGAUGUUCUCGAGAACAGCACUUCGUAUGAAAGGAGCCAGGAAGGCCAUAAGAAACUUUUCUGUGGCUGCUCAGGUAACUAGUGCACUUAAGCGUUGUUUGCGAUCAGAAAUAGUGCAAGUCCUAUAUGAAGUUUGUGUGUUCCUCCCAUGAGCUCUUAAGGUCUCUCCUCAAGGGGAAAUCUGUCUCGUUUAAAACUCGUCUUUGAUUUGUAGCACCAGCAAAAGGUAGCUGUUCUUGGUGCUGCUGGAGGGAUUGGCCAGCCUAUGUCACUGUUGAUGAAACAGCAUCCGGCUAUAAGCCAUUUGGCUUUGUACGAUAUUGUAAACACACCAGGUAAGUUAUAUUGAAGUGUGACGAUGUAAUUAAUAAGCAAGAAAUAGUUAAUUAGUUAGUCAAAAGUACAUCAAGAUUCUCGGUCAUCAUCAGUUAUACUCGUGUAGAUAUGAGUAUUGAUAGAACUACAAAGAAGUGAAGCUUCCCGCGGAAAUUUCAAAUGAGGUGACUCAAAGAUGCCACCUCAAGGAACGGGCUUGGUGCCUUCUACAGUCAUGUUCUACUGGACAGUCAUGGGCCAAAAUUAACCCUGAUUGCAGUGGAGACUUAGCAACAUUCCUUUACACUGCAAGUUUUACCAGUUGUCACCAUUUCACCAGUCCUUCUUGAAAAUCCCAAGUAAUAACUUAGUAGCGAAUUUCAAAGAGCACUUUCUAUGAGCCAAAGUUCCAGUCAGCCAAAUGCUAUUAAGCCAGUUCGUAGUGCAUUAUGAUAUUGUACACAGUCAGGGUCCAUGAUGUGCUCAUGAUGCAAUCAGCUGGAAAGUAAACUCUGUUGUAUACCAUUUUUUUUUAUUUGCAACAUUCAGUCCAUGUAAAGAGAGUUGCAUGGAAAAAUCAUGAACAUCAGGCCAGAUAACAUUUAUAAGUGUUAACUUUGUACACUUUUGUCUUUGUUCAUUUAAGGUGUUGUAGCAGACAUUAGUCACAUUAAUACCCCUGCAAAAGUAAGUGUGAACCAGUUCUCUUUCACUGAGCAGCAACAACAACACUGAACUUAUUUGAUGUUGUCAGUGAAUGUUAAAAGCCCCUCUCUUAAUGUUUUUAUUUAAAGGUAACCAGUCAUCAGGGUCCAGAUGAUCUACAGGCUGCCUUGGAAGGCUGUGCAGCUGUUGUUAUCCCUGCAGGAGUCCCUAGAAAGCCAGGUAAAGAGUUUCAGUCUAACCUUUGUUUGUUUUACUUAUGUUUAAUGUGUUACUAAUCAAGGGCCAAAGGCCCUAAAUUGAAUUUCAUUUUAAUCACAAGUGUGCCAAUAAGCGGAAACUUUCAUUUUUAUUUUCGUGUAAAAGCAUAUUAUCUGUUAUUAGUGUAUAUGACAUUUCAGCUCAUCACUCUAUAUUCAAAUUGUUACCAACAGCUUAUUGAGAGGGAUGCCUAGAUUAGAAGCUUGCUAGUGUCCAUAGAGAUACUUGCAUGCAGUAACCCAAAUGCUAAUAUUGUCAUCAGUAGGAAUGGGACAUGUGGGAGAAAACUGUUUGCUAUGUUUUUUAUGAACAGUCCCAGUUUCCUAGUGGAAUCUGUCAUGUAAGCUAUUGGGACUAGAAAUGUGCAGUAGAAAUAUCUUAAGCAGCCCAUCAGUGUGGGUGGAAGAGGGGUUGCUGACAGACCCAGCAAGUUAGAAUCAGGGGUUUUGCAACAACACAAAUAUGUAAUUGGCUAUAGGUAUACCUACAAUACAUCUGUAUAUGAGUGACAAGCAUUAUCACCAAUUAGAACUGAGAUAAUAAGAAGUUACUUACAAAAGUGUGAUAUUCUGCCCUCUUUCGACAGAUUUUAAACCUGAAUUUAAAUAUUUGCCUCAACUUUGAUUGGAAUCUUUUUGUUUUUGCAACUUUUGUAUGUAUUGAAUUAAGCACUAUUAAGUGAGGUAACAUCAGAGCUCCUUUUUAGCUCAUGCCAUGAACAUCCUUUACUAACUUGCUCUUACCAUUAACUUUCUUCAAAGCUUUUUUUAAGAAACUCAUCUUUUUCGCAGCAUUGUGAAACAUUACCUAAAUUUAUUUUCAUGAUUUAUGGUAAUUAUAAUUAGGGAGAUUUCCUGGGAGAUGCAGUGACUGUAAGGUUGAGUGUCCAUUAAACUUUUCCUGUGCUGGGUCAAACUCCAAGGAGAUGCUUGGAAAAUAUGGGGGAAGAAGGGGUGUAUCUAUCAGGAGAAGUAGUUAAGCUCAAGAAGGAUGAGCCACUUGGCUUCUGAUCGGUCUUGACUCUCCCUACCCUCUGACAGAGUUUGCUUAUUCAUAAAUUUUUUUUAUGUCCUGGGUAGGAAUGACUCGUGAUGACCUUUUCAAUACAAAUGCUUCCAUUGUACAGACUCUCGCUGAGGCUUGUGCCAAGUAAGGAAAAUUUGCACUUCUUACUUUUGUAGUAGACUUGCAAGAACUUUAACCUUCUGGAGAAUUGAGAAAGGUCAAGUUAGUGAGAGUUUGAGUCUUAAAGAACUAGAAAAAAAUUACUGUAAAUUGGGAAAAAUGUUGGUCACUGUUUUUCCUUUCUUGAAAAAGUACAUUUUAGCUAGGCAAAGUCAAUCACAGUGUAGGGAAGUAGAGAGAAAAUGAAACAUAUUGAUGAAAGGUAGUACCAGUAAUUAGCAAAGCGUAUUGUAAAUAUGAUGCAUCUACCAUCAAUGAAAGCUGACUAGUCUGAUACAUUUUAAUUUAGUGCCAAAAAAUGCAAAGUAAGUUUACUUUUGGCAUUUGAAUAAUAAGAUAAAGUAGAAAAUGACCCAAAGAGAAAAAAACUGCUUCAAGUUAGCAAGGGUAAAAUUACAGUGGAAAUAAAUGAGGGUAAUCCUGGGUAAAUUGAUUUGGUUUGAGCUAGUGCAGAGGUUGAGCUAGAAGAAUUCAAAUCAUGGGGAAGUAACAGUAUACAAUGUUUUUAAACUUUCAAGAGUUUUUCAGCAGGUGACAAAAUUUAAUGCUUAUACUUUGGUUUGUUUACUUUGAUAUAGAUUUUGUCCCAUGGCAAUUAUUUGUAUUAUCUCUAAUCCAGUAAGUAUCAUAAGAAAUGGUGACUAGAAGUUAGAAUCAUUAAGUUAAAGAGAUUUCUGUAGAAUUCUGAAGAUAAGCUCCUCUACAUAGAAGCCCUCCAAUAAAGGCCUCAUGGUAAUUCCUUAGGGUUUAUAAAAAGAAUUGCCAUUACAUGUACAGGAUAUUACACAGUGGUUAGAACAUGUGAACUUUAUGAGGGAGUAAAAUUAAUAUCUUUGAGUUAAUGUUUAAUUUUCUUUUUAUUCCAUGGACAAUUAGUAUAGUUGGUUUAAAAAAUUGAAAACCAUGCAUUUAUUCAGCAAAGUCAGAAAAGGCUGAAAUUGUGACUUUCCUCAAUAUUACCCCUCAUAUUGUAUAUGAAAAAUAAGCCACUCAGUUUGGGGAUGUAGUGGUCAUAUUGAUUCUAUGAGUGUUUUGGUUCCUGGCAAAACACUCCUGUCUAUGAAAUAAAGAAACUAAACUACUGAUGCAGUACCUAAACUAAAUGAGACAAGCUCAUAUUUAAGUACCUGGUAUCUACUUUGUGGCUGCUGCAUGUAGUGAACAACUAUUCACCAAAUUGGAAGCUGUUAGUGAUAGAAAUUUACCAAACCAAGAAGGGGUGAGGUAAAUAUCUAUUACUAGCCACCUUGAUUGGGGUGCUUAGUUGUGUUAAUGUUUACUAAAACAGUGAAAAAAUAUAGCACAAAAUAUGAUUUUUUUCUCACGCAAAUCCCACUGGAGGUGAAUAGCAAAGGAUGUUUGGAAUUUGAAUAGCGGAUCAGAGCAUGCUGUCAAUGCUAUCAGCUGUUUUAGUAUAUACUUAUGUAUUUUAGUUGCUGUGCUGCUGUUUACUGUAUAUUCUAUCCUCAGUGACAAUUUGUGUUCAAACCGCAAUUUUGUUAUUAGUCAGAAGACUUUCUGACACAAAUUCUCCCCUUGUUGUGAGCCAUUUUUGAUAUAAAUUAUUUCACCAAUGAGAGGCCCCUCCAAAUAUAUAAUAUACAAUGUAGUUGCUGAUGAAUUUCAGGUGAAAAACGUUUGAAUUCAUAGAUUUUUUUUUUUCUCUUUGUUCCGGCUGCAUUUCCACAUUACCUAAACAAAGAAAAUUACAAAGCAAACUAGGUUGAAAUACAUUUGCCCUGAAAUUCUACACCACAACCUGCAUACAGAGUAGUCCCUCAGUAUGUAAGCUCCGAAAGGAAAGGCCUUUGAAAAAUUCAGGAAUUUGAAUUAUUUGUGAAAUUUAACAAUGCAUCACAAUGACAUCAAUAACUUUUUCAAGGUAAUGAUUUUCCAUUAAUGUUCACUCUCUCUUUCUUAAUUUUUUGGCGUUUUUUGUGACUUGUUGAUGAUUGUUUACCAUGAUAAAUUCCAUUUCAGAGGUUCCUUAUCUCUAAGGCAAUUUUCCAUAUUGAACAAUGACUCAAAUAAUUGUCAAAUAGCCUUUAAAAAUUAUUUGUUAGUGAUGUGUUCUUUUUUUCUUUUCUUUUUCAAAAAAUGUUAAGGUAAACUCCACUGUCCCAAUUGCAAGUGAAGUAUUUAAGAAAGCUGGAGUUUAUGACCCAGGAAGGUGAGAGAAAUUGUACUGUAGUUAUGUGGUUAUUAGACAAUCAUAACCGAGUAUUUUCACAAAACUCUCCAGUUGGGAACUUGACUUUGUGACCUUUGUUUGUGAAAGAAUGUAAAUGCUAUUUUUUUUUUCACAAGCGAAAGCGGCAACACACCUACAAGAAUAAUCAGCCAUAUUUAGUUUAAAAGCUGAUUGUCACUAUUGAAUGCCUUAGCUAGUAUUUGUAUAUAAUUAUAUUAGUCAGUCAUAGUCACCUUUUAAAUAUGUAAGUUAAUCCUUAAAUAGAAGCAUUAGAUAAUCUUUACAUGUAAAAUGUAGUGUGCAGUAUUAGCAAUUUUGUAAUUAUGAUAGAUUUUUAACUAGUGUAUAGUUAGUUUGUUGCAUAGAAGAGCCACCCCUCCAAUGAUAUGCUAAUAUAUCAUUAUCAUUAUUAGAUUAUUAUAACCAAAUGUGUCUUAUAGCUCAAUAACUACAUGUACAGUAUAUUCCAUUGAGCUAGGUUAAAGCUGUAAAUGUGAUUUUAUCACUGCCUCCUGUGAUUGGUAAGAAGGUGCCAGGGGUGUCUAGUGGCAUUCACUAUGGCCCACUAGGACAACGAACAUUCUAUAAGCCAAGAGUGACAAUGAGCCAAAAUUCAGCUCAAGUUGGGAAAUACUCAUCUUAGGAUUGCAUUGUUUCACAAUGUUUUGUAAUUUUUAGCCUACAAUCUUCAGUUUACUCUUAGAAUGGCUGUACAAAUUUGUAUAACUGGUGCUGUAAUCUUUUAUUUUUCAUUAUGACCAAUAUCUUUCAGAAUUUUAGGUGUUACCACUCUGGACAUUGUGAGAGCAAAUACAUUUGUAGCUGAGGCAAAGGUAAAUUAACAAUGAUGCCUGCAGUAGAGGUUAGUGGUAUCAACUAUUAAAAAUGAUCUUCUUGCCGUUAGGCCAGUCUGCUACGUGUGGUUGAGUAUAAAAUUGGACCUGUCAUUCAUACCCUCUGGAAAUGUACUAUUUGAAUUUGUUAAUGAAACUGACCCUUUUGCACAACCUUAGUAGAUGAAUUGUGUUUGUUCAUUCUUUUCUAGAGUGUGGACGUUGGUGAUGUGAAUGUUCCUGUGAUAGGAGGCCAUUCUGGUGUUACAAUCUUACCUCUUUUAUCACAGGUAAUUUUUUUUAACAAUUAAGGAUGCCAUCUGUAAGACCUAUGAUAUCCUGAAAUGGUGUGACAUUGUGUACAGUACUGCUGUAAUAUAGCUUCUACAGUGACAAUAGUUCUCAUCUUUGUAUAGGGGCUAAAUCUUUCUGGUUCCUAGUUGCCUAUCAUUUCACUUCUGGGAAAUUUUGUGUAUUUGUACUCAUCCUAAAAUGUAAAGAUUUAUCAUACAUCAAUGAACAUGUUGACAUGAUGUUCCUCGUUGCUCAAAUUGUAUUUUCCUGUAGUUCAACUUAUCAACAUACAUUACUGUGGGAGGGGAAUUUAAAGUUUGAACCAAAGAACAUCAGCUGAUUUGAUUACAAAAUAUACAGUUUUAUUAUACUUAAAAACAGUGGAUGGCAUCAAAGGUGUCCUUUCAUUGGCCACUCAAACUUGGAAUAUGCUGUGCUAUUCACCUUGAAGCAGCUUGUGCCCAAUUUGCACCUGAAAAUAUUGUUCUCAUAGUGGGAAUAAAUGAGUUUAAAUUAUCUUUUUGUGUUAUAUUAUCUCACUGUUUUAGUAUAUAAUAAAACAACUAUUCACUUCAGUGUCAUUGGCUCAUAAAUAUGCACAUCUAGCCACCUCCACUUUGGUAAAAAGUUGUCAGUUGAGAUUGCAUAUGAUAAAGAAGUGAAGGUAAGUUGAGAACAAAGCCAGAUUGUCAGACUAAAAAAUUCUGCCUUAGUUUAAUUUUUUUAAUCCAAUCGAAACCCAGUGGCCCCCAAAAUUUUAAAAGUUUAGGAAAGAAGAAUAGCUAACAAUCAUGAAGAAUGUUGAGUUCAGAUUUCUUAGUGUAUUGUCAAAUCUAUUGUUUCUUCAAGACCACGCCCAAAGUUUCAUUUACUAAUGACGAAACAGAGAAACUUACUGACCGCAUCCAAAAUGCAGGCACAGAAGUGGUGAACGCUAAGGCUGGAUCAGUAAGUGGUUAAACUUGUUACUUUGGUAGAUGUUAUUAUAGCUCUGCUGAUAAUUGGCAUCCUUGUAAGCAGGAAGCUGUCUAUGAGUGUGAGACUGCUGCAAAUACUGUUAUGUUUAUAAUUAAGAAGACUUUUUUUUGAGUGCUUGUAAGUUGACACCCUGGAGAAAUGAAUAUGACUAGUCCCCAGUUUGCCUUAAUUCUGUCUUACCACUCACCACUCACCACUCACCACUGCUUGUAAUUGUGAAUUUAUUAUUAUCGCUGAGCCUUACACAUGUCUCUCUGUCAUGAUACUUUUUCAUCAUACGCUAUAUGUGUAAUUUUUGAGGCACCACUUGCUUGUGACUGGAAUUGCAUUGCUGUCAAUGCAACGUUAAUCAUUCAAAUGCGCUUAGCUCUAUUAUUAGAGUGUUGCAUGAUGCAAUGAAACACAAAAACCAUUUCAUGCAGUGGCAUUUUGUAUUUCCUUCGUUUAUCAGUUACUAGCUGUGCCAACUCCCAUAUAGAAACAACUAUCCCUUAUUCGAGUCUUAAGCGGUAGCUUAGGAGAAUGGUUUCAGAAAAAAAGCUAGCUCCAGUUAAAGGACACCUUUUUGGCACCGUGAGGGUGUCCAGUAGUUGAGCUUCCAUAGUGCUCCUUUGUCAGUAGCAUCAACAGAACUCAUCAGAAGUUAUGCCAAGACCUCUACUGUUUUCCAGAUUUACUUUUGUUUUUGGUUAUCACAUAAAAUGUGCGUUUGUUAUUUUAGGGUUCUGCUACCCUUUCAAUGGCUUAUGCCGGAACGAGGUUUACUGCGUCUGUAAGUACAAGACUAAAUUUUUGAGAAUUUAUGACAAAAAUUGGCAAAGAUGGAUAUUUAUAUGUGUAGUUACAAGUGUGAAGUACUCAUUCUCAUAUUAUGAUUCUGUUAGGUUCUUGAUGCACUCAACGGUAAAGCAGGGAUAGUGGAGUGUGCAUUUAUCAAGUCAGACAUCUGUGGCACCGGCUACUUUGCUUCACCAGUAGAGCUUGGGGUAAGAUCAGUUUAGCUUGUCAUGUAUUGUAAGACUUUCUCAGGUGAUUAUAUAACCUCAGAUGAUUGGCGAAGGAAUGUCUUGUCCUUCUUUAACGGCUUUGUUUGAGCUGAUUACAAAACUAUCACACUUUUUAAAGAAUGGCCGCCACCUAACUUCCUGAUGGAGAGAGGAAGGUGGGGAAUUUCGGGCUUUGGUUCAAGAAAGGUCUUAAACUUUUGUCCUGAGUAUGGAACAAGGAAAACAACGGCGUAAAUGGGGCUUUCUAAUAUUACUUUAUCUCAAAAUUACUCGGAGACUGUGUAACAAAAGUUAUUGGUGUCAUUUCCAAAUACAGAAGUUUGUUUUCAUAGCUUUGUAAAAACAUCCGUUUCAGAAUAGUAAUGUGUAAAACAUUUACUACUCCUAUGACGUAGCUAAAUAUGUCAAAUAUCAGUGUCACAGGUUGGAAAGCGCCCUUUGUUCGGUAAUGACCUGAAACCAUCGCUAGUUUAAAAGUUUUUCCAGGGAAAGUUUAUCCUUAAAAAAGACAGCUCUGGCACUGCUUUGAAAACACCAGUAGCAGGUUAUCAAAACUUAUGACAAUGGUUUAUUCUGCAUUUCAAAUGAUUGUUGGUUGAACUUACUUUGGAGAAAGUAACUUUCCUCCUUUCAAACGAAUUCUUCUCCCACUAAUAUUUCUCCUUUUUUUCAUUCCAAUCAUCUCCACUACACAUUAUCUGUCUUCCCGUUCCAUCUAGCCAAAUGGUGUGAAGGAUAACUUAGGAAUCGGAGAGCUUUCAGAUUAUGAGAAGAAAAAGCUUGAGGAGGUUGGUGUCACGUUUUGAAUCAUUUCUUCUAUGCACAGCAUGCCCGUAAUCCUCUUCAUAGCCAGUAAGGUUUUACUUGCAGCCAGUUUCUCGCUUCUCUUGUGUUACCUUAAACAUUGAGAUCUCGUGGCUCAUAAAACAUUUUUCUUUAUGAAUUUAUUUUUCAGUUGAGCCCUUAAGUUUCUUUUUGUUCAUCACUUUUUAGAAAAAAACGAUACAACUUUUUCGUGUUUUCCUACGAUAUGAAAUGUUCCUAACAACUUCUCAAAAUGUAUUGAUCAUUUUUCCGUGGCGACACAACAACGUCCUAAUAUAAUUCUUAAUUUUACCUUUAGGAGCCUGCAAAUUGAAAGCGAGCUCCAGUUGUGACCUCCAUUUUUAAUUCCAGUCAGCAUAUCAAGAUCGAUAAUUCUGCAAAAUGAAAAAAAAAAAAAAAAAAAAAGAAAGGAAAAAAAGAAAAAAGUACAAAACCUCUAUCCACCUCAAAAUUACAAAACUGUUUUUGUUUUACCGCCGUUGGUUUUGUCUCUAGUGCUGCUGCGCCCAUUGAGAUUGUGGAGGGAAAGUGUUGGCAAAGAUGAAUAUCGGAAAGGCGCUUCUGUUAUGAAGUACUAAAAUUCGAAGUGUGUGGGAACUACUAAAAUUAGG